CUCAAAAAAAAAAAAAAAAGGACUGCGAAGUCUGAAUUGGCCGAGCUACGAGCCUACGACUGAGCUGAGCUAGGGUUCCGGCGAGGCUGAACCAAUGGCCUCCGAGGCGGCGCGGCGGCGGCAGGAGCUGGCAGCGGAGGGGCAGAGGCACCUGGAGGAGACCAUCGCCGCCGCGUUCCAGAUCCUCGCCUCCAUGAACGACGAGCUCUGCAACCCCGCGCUCUGGUCCUCCUCCUCCUCCGCCUCCACCGCCGCGGGGUCCCAGGUCCAGCACCCCAGCCACCACGCCGCCGCGACUCCCCCGCUGCACUCCGCCGACUCCGACGCCGCCGAUGCCGCCGGAGGGGGCGCAGGGCCGGCGCCCGGCUCCGGUGGGUCGCUCGACGAGGCCAGGCACCGGUACAAGUCUGCCGUGGCGGCGCUGCGCGCGUCCAUCGCCGCCGUCUCGUCCUGCGCUCAGGGCACGGGAUCAACAGAAUUCAAAGCUGACCAAGCUGAGAUUGAGAGAUUGGAAGAGCAUGCAUCUGCUUUGAGAAAGGAAAUUGAAAGCAAAAACAAGCACGUAAAGAUCCUCAUCAAUCAGCUCCGUGACCUAAUAACUGACAUAGCAAUGUGGCAGAGCCCUUGCUCGGUGUGAAAUGUAAAAGGCUAUCACUCGUGGGAAGUCUGACAAAUCACAGCUGGUUGUGUGUUGAAGGCAAUAUUAUGCAUGCCCGGUCACUGACUUCUUCGAAGGGAAAAUAGAUAGGAUAUGACUGGAUUGCACGAAAAAAUGAUACAUGAUAAGAUGUUAGUGAUGCGGGUGCAGAUAAGAUGUAUGUUGGACACGAAUGCUGUUUUGGAUAUAGUAGUAGUUAAGCUUUUCUAUAACUUCUAUGAAUUUUCUUUUGUGAGGAGAUUUCUGUA